UCCUGUCUAUCGGAGAGAAUUCACCCAGUUGAUACCUGACUCGUUCUCCACGCCAUACCUUAGUCUUCUGCACGGCGCCUCCUCCGCCGUUUCGCCAGCUCAGUGUCGCCGCCGCUUCUCUCCUCUUCAAUGCCGCCGCCGCCGCCGUGAUCUUUCUUUCGUUCGUGCCGCUGCAGUCUCCCUCGAUCUUCUACUCUCUUGUUGUUAUUGUUUUGGAACUCAAUUGAUAAAUCUUGAGUUCAGUUUGGUUCUUACGGAAUUUACUGGACGUGUGCUGAAUUGUAUCACUGGUUGGCAUGAGGCUUUUCAUUCUCAAUUCGAUUUAUAGUGCCUCCAAAUCUUAUUUGAAUCCGUGCUCAUUUCAAUAUUGCAAGUCUUACACAAAGAUUUCUGAGUAUGUUAACCGAGUUCUUAGACCGAGUGUUGUUCUAAAUAAACAAUACUACAAAGAUGAAUCUCACAGCUUGAAGAACGUCUCACGUACUGGUUUCCUAAGAGCACCCUCUGUAUGUCGUCUACACACACCAAGUUAUGGUACACAUCCCGCUGCUACUUUUUCCCCCGCAUCUCCAGUGAAAUAUUGGAACACUAUCCCUCCUACGUCUCUUGGCUAUCUGUCAAACCCUCGAUUCUAUUCAUCGACUUCUAGCAGGAAAGCGGAUAUUACUGGAGAUACUGGUGUUCCACUAGCUUCCUCUGGUGUUGAAGCAGAUAUCAGUAACCCCCCCGAUGUUGGAAGAGACUGGCUUGAAAGAGUCAAGGAUGGUUGGCAGAGUGCUGUCGAUGCAGCAUCUUUUACCGGACAGAAGGCUAGAGAAGUGUCUGAUGAAUUCUCUCCUCAUGUAGAUAAGAUCCUAGAUUCACAUCCAUAUCUGAAAAAUGAAAUUGCUCCUGUUGGUAUGACCUUAACUGCUACUCUUUUGGCUUGGGUGGUAAUGCCUAGGCUUUUGAGGAGAUUCCACAAGUAUUCAAUGCGAAGUCCUGUUGCCAUACUUUCUGGAAGCACAUCAAUUGAGGAAAUUCCCUAUGAGAAAAGCUUUUGGGGUGCCUUAGAGGAUCCUUUGCGAUAUCUUGUUACCUUCUAUGCAUUUUCUCAAAUUGGCAAGAUGGUUGCACCAACUGCCAUAGCAUCAGAGUUUGUAUCACAGGCGUGCAGGGGGGCUGUCAUCCUUUCUCUUGUAUGGUUUAUUUAUCGCUGGAAAACAAAUGUGUUCUCUCGAGCAUUGGCCUCCCAAAAUUUUUCAGGGCUUGAUCGGGAAAAGUUACUUACCCUCGACAAAGUUUCAUCUGUUGGCCUAUUUGCAAUCGGAUUAAUGGCUUUGGCUGAGGCAUCUGGGGUGGCUGUUCAAUCUAUGUUGACAGUUGGUGGCAUUGGAGGAGUGGCCACUGCUUUUGCUGCGAGGGAUAUACUUGGAAAUGUUUUAAGUGGCUUAACAAUGCAGUUUUCACAACCCUUCUCACUUGGAGAUACAAUUAAGGCUGGUGCUAUUGAAGGCCAAGUGAUUGAAAUGGGCCUCAUGACGACAUCAUUAUUAAGUGCUGAAAAAUUCCCAAUCGUUGUUCCAAAUUCUCUCUUUUCUAGCCAGGUAAUUAUAAACAAGUCGCGGGCGCAAUGGCGUGCAAUCACAAAGAAAAUUCCUUUCCAAGUUGCUGAUUUUAGUACGGUUUCUAAGAUAUCAGAUGAUAUUAAGAGUAUGCUUAGGUCUCACCCUAAGGUAUUCUUGGGCAAGGAGGCUCCUUAUUGCUUCCUCUCUCAAAUUGAAAGUUCGUAUGCAGAGCUGACAAUUGGUUGCAACCUUAAAAGGAUGGGUAAAGAAGAACUUUUCUCUACAGAGCAAGAUAUUCUCCUCCAGUCAGUACAGAUCAUGAAAGAAAAUGGUGCAACCUUGGGUAACUGACGAACAAGUGAUAGAUGCCAAACGUACUUCGAAAGGUAAGUCUCGUACUAACGGAAUUGAUCUUAAGCUAUUCCCAUGCCACGAUGUGACUGGACAGCCAUAAAUUUUCAAGGAUGUUUUUUUCGAGGGAUGUUAUUGAAAUGAGUACACAAUUUAAGGGUGUUUCUAC